AUGACUGUUGAACAAAACUCUGCUAGAUUUAUGGAAUUAGCCAGGUUUGCGGCCAACCUUAUUCUUGAUGAAGAAUCGAAAGCGGAGCGAUUUGAAAACGGCCUCAAUCCUCGCAUCAGAGAGAGGGUAAUCUACUUGGAGAUAAAGGAUUACGCCAGACUGGUAGAAGUGGCUUCGCUUGCUGAAAGGGGAAUUCGCGAGUCUGUAGCAGCUUACGACUUGAAGAAGCGCUCAAAGCAACAAAUGUCAUAUCCGGCUAAGAGGUCAGCCACAGGAAGCGGUUCCAGACCAUCCAUGGGUAAGAGUCUUCCAUCAGCAAAUAAAGACCAAGGACCUCCUUGCAACAAGUGUGGGAAGUCACACACAAGAGAUUGCUGGGUUGCGAACCCAAAAUGUUUUACUUGUGGUAAGACUGGCCACUUCUCGAGAAACUGCCUUAAGAAAGCAACUCAACAACAAAACUCAGCCCCAGUACGGGUAUUUUCACUCACACCUGGUGGUGUAGAAGAAGAAGAAGAAGAAGACCAAGGCGAAGAAGAAAAUACGGAUGUGGUAACAGGUACCAUUCCUUUAUUCGAUAGACUAGCAAGUACUCUUUUCGAUUCUGGUGCAACGCAUUCGUUCAUAUCAUCUACAUACGUUAAAUUAUGUAGCAUAAAUACUCAACCCUUGAAUCAAAACAUAACUGUAUCAACACCUGCUGGAGAAGUAGUUACAUGUAGGAAAUUCAUUGAGGACUGUCCUAUUGUUAUAGGAGAUAGAGUUCUACUGGCAAACUUAGCAGUAUUUCAAAUGUUAGGUUUUGAUAUCAUUUUGGGAAUGGAUUGGUUAUCGAAAUACUAUGCUAACAUUGAUUGUAGAAAGAAAGAAAUUAUUUUUCGCUCACUGAGUGAGGAAGAAUUCAAAUUUUGUGGAUCUCGAGUACGAGCCACUCCAUUUCUUCUUUCCGCGAUUCAAGCAAGACGGAGCAUUAAAAGUGGUGCGCAAGUAUUUCUAGCUUAUAUCAAGGUUGAACCUGAAGGAGAGCGUAAGCUAGAAGAUAUACCUAUAACGCGUGACUAUCCAGACGUUUUCGCCGAGGUCACAACCGGAUUGCCACCUGAUCGAGAAAUCGAGUUCACUAUUGAUCUAAUGCCAGGGACUCAACCCAUCCAUAAAGCACCAUACCGUAUGGCGCCAUCUGAAUUGAAGGAGCUGAAGAAGCAACUUGAAGACUUGGUAGACCGGGGUUUUAUUCACCCCUAG